AUGGAAAGAUUGGAUAGAGCAAUGUGCAAUGCAGAAUGGAGAACUAUGUUCCCUGAAGCUACUGUUAAAGUGCUCCAUAGAACAUACUCGGAUCACUCCCCUCUCGUGGUUUACACCCAAGGUAUGCAUCCUCUAAAGCCCCUUAGUAGGCCCUUUAGAUUUGAAACUACCUGGAUGUCCCAUCCAGGCCUUAUUGAUGUUAUUAAAUCUGCUUGGAUUUCUAUGAAUGAUAACCUCCUUAAUGCUACUUCUGAGUUCACAUGUAGAGCUACGGACUGGAAUAAAGAGACUUUGGCUGAUAUCUUUAAAAGGAAAAGGCAACUCCUGACCAGGAUUGAGGGCACUCAAAAAGCCCUUGCUGAUAAAUUCACCCAUAGUCUUUAA